GCGUGCAGCGUGUGUGUGAUUGCGGUUUCCAGGACGCAAGGUAAGUGAGUCUCUCCAUCAGCGCUGGACACAAGAUCAUUCUCAUGCACCACAUGAAUGGGACUUCUGCAAGUGAAUUCGCGUUAACCAAGGCACAGACAGCAUACUUGAGCCGAGUAGAAAAUUAAGGAAGAAGAUCUCACUUUGUGAAACAGACUGAUAGAGAAGGUUAGCUAGUCAGCUAACAUAAACAGCCGUCAUCUGCAAACAGUAAAAACGUCCAUUCAACAAGGCAGAUGGGGCUUUUUGACAAGCUUGCAGGUUGGUUGGGUCUGAAGAAAAAGGAAGUAAAUGUGCUGUGUUUGGGCCUGGACAACAGCGGGAAAACCACCAUCAUCAAUCAGCUAAAGCCAUCCAAUGCUCAAGCUCAAGACAUUGUUCCAACUAUUGGCUUCAGCAUUGAAAAGUUUAAGACCUCAAGUCUCUCGUUCACAGUGUUUGAUAUGUCAGGGCAGGGGAGAUACAGGAACCUCUGGGAGCACUAUUACAAGGAGGGUCAGGCCAUCAUAUUUGUGAUUGACAGUGGAGACAAACUAAGAAUGGUGGUGGCAAAAGAGGAGUUGGAUACCCUUUUGAAUCACCCUGAUAUUAAGCACAGGAGGAUACCCAUACUGUUCUUCGCCAACAAGAUGGACCUCAGGGAUGCAUUGUCUGCUGUAAAGGUUUCCCAGCUCUUGAGUCUGGAAAACAUCAAGGACAAACCCUGGCAUAUCUGUGCAAGUGAUGCAGUGAAAGGGGAAGGCCUUCAGGAGGGUGUAGAUUGGCUGCAAGAUCAAAUCAGAGCGAUGAAAACGUAAAACCCUCCUGAAAAAAAGAAAGCAUCUAGGUCACCAACUGCAUUGAUGAAACCAGACAAAACAGACCUACACCUUUGGGCACAUUGUGUCUGUGAUGACUUCAAAAUGAAUUUGGUGUGUAGUGUAAUAAACAGUUUGGCUUAGAUUAUGAACCUGUUUACACCUGGUAUUAACAUCCAUAUCGGGUCAUCCGAUCACAAGUGGUCAGUCGAGACAUUAACGUUUACACCCGGUAUUAACAUGCAUCUACAGUGACCAUUUGUGUUCAGAUUUUAUCGAGAGGAGGGUCUCUGAUUUCAUGAUUGCAUACAUCACUUACUACGUCAGUGUAUCGCUGCUUAUUGAUUAAGCACAUUAAUAACACAGUUGUUGCUCUCAAAAUCACCUAAAGUUUUAAUCUCACCACAAAUGUGAUGUUUUGAGUGGAAUGCUCGUAGUUAUUUUAGCCGAGAACCUGCAAUAAAUGAACAUCAGACGUGUGUGCUUUGUCUACAUUUAUUCAUUUAGCAGAAGCUUUUAUUCCAAGUUAAAUUGUCACUGAAGAUGGAUGUAUAUAUGGACUUUUCCAGAUGUUUAGAUCGGAUGGUCUUUAAAGCAAUAUCACACGAGCAAAAGUGCUGUUGGUUUGUACAGUUUAUCAGCACAGCUGUGAGCUGUAAAGCUGUACACAACUGGCAAAAUUUAAAACCCUUGUUUUAGCGCAGCUGCUAAUUGAUAGCUAAGUAGGUGGUCCUUUACUGUUGUCCGGGACACGUCAGACUGAUUAGCAUUUACAUUUCGAAUGCCAUGUGGUCACAUGCGUUUCUGGCUCCGUGAGAAUGGGGUUUGUGUGAUUGGAUCACCCGAGAUGGAUGUUAAUAUCAGUUGUAAACAAGGUCUAUGUGAUAGUACAUUCAGCAUUUGACCCUUGUACAUCUUCUCUCUAAAUAAGUUUUGCUUUCAUAAAUAUUCCACAACUUCAGGAUCAAUUUGAAUUUUAAAUAUAUUUUUCCUAACACAUGUUUGUCUUGUUUGUUUUGUUUUAAACUUUAAAAAUUGUCUUGUUUUUAACUUUACACUACACUACUUGGCUGCCAAUGCAAACUGUAGAGAAGAAGAGCAGUGGCUCAUAUUUUAUAUCUAGCUGUUUGUUUUUGGGAAAUGGUAGACAACACUCAUUUCAUUGCUCUGAAUUGUAAAACUGGUCACUAUAUGUUUUUUAUGCAUUCCAUAUAUGUUGGUCUGUAUAGUACAGUGUUUUGUGUUGCAGAAAGAAAUAACACCUCAAAUAGUCACAAAGGAUACAUUCCUCUGUUUUGGAGCUAUUUAUUUUCCAUAAGCAUUUUGAUUAAAAGCAUAUGUGAAGGUAAUGUCGCUGCAUUUUGUGUUUUGUUUUGUGCAGACAGUACAUUUUUACAAAUUUAUUUAUUUUCUAUAUUUUCUUUUAUAUUAGUUUCACAAAUAUUUGGUAUUUUUAUUGAUUAUUAAGGGAUCUUGUAAUAGAAUGUUUAAAGAAUAAACAGACAAUGUGAGCUUAUG